AUGCUGGGCUGGGUCCAGAAGGUGCUGCCGCAGCCCCCAGGGACUCAGAGGACCAAGGUGGAGGAGGAGGGGGAAGCAGAGGAGGCGGAACCGGAACCAGAGCCAGAGCCUGAGACAGCCCCCGAGGAGGCCGAGCCGGAGGACCAGGCCCUGCCACCUGAAGAGACACCUGCAGGGCCACUGGAGAGGCAGGAAGUGGCUGCAGCGGACCCAAGCCUUCAAGAGACGCAGGAGGCUGCCCCCAUUCCAACUGCAUCCCUCCAGGCCCAGGGCGCGGGGGUCCUGGCAGUGAACAGUCCCAGCGGCUGGGUGCUGACGUGGCUCAGGAGAGGCAUGGAGAAGGUGGUCCCGCAGCCUGCCUGCAGUGCCAGGGCAGCCCAGCAGCAGGACCUGGACCAGGCUGGAGCACAGAUCCUGGGGCCCUGCAGCGCUGGGGACGCAGGGUGCCCAGAUGAGCCCAGCGACGUCCUCAGGGCCCAGGACUCCGGGCCUGGGCCGUGGCUGCUCAGAUGGCUGGAGCAGAAUCUGGAGAAAGUGCUGCCUCAGCCACCCAAAGCCUCCGAGGGCUGGAGGGAGGAGCCUGCUGAUGCUGCCUUGGACCCAGGUACAGGGAGAGGCCUGGGAGAGGAGCCCGGAAUGCAGGCCCAGGAGAGCGCCUCCCUGCCCACGCCCAGCGGCCCGGAGCCCCAGGAGGAGCCAGCUCCAGAGCCCCAGCCUGGGUUCCAGGCUUCCUCCCUGCCGCCCCCCGGGGACCCUGCCAGGUUGUUACAAUGGCUCCUGCACAGGCUGGAGAUGGCCCUGCCGCAGCCAGUGCUCCACCAGAAAGCUGGGGACCAGGAACCUGACUGCCCCGGGACGUGUGACGUGCAGACCAUCAGCAUCCUCCCUGGAGAGCAAGUGGAGCCUGACCUUGUCCUGGAAGAGGUUGACCCGCACUGGGAGGACACCCAGCAGGACAGCAGCGGCAGCCCGCAGGGCACAGAGGAGGUGCCGGCUUAUGGAGAAGAGGACAGUGCCGUGGAGGAGGUGCCCAGGCCGCUGUCCCAGAUUCAAGAGGAGAAAGAGGAGGAGGAAGAGGAAGAGGAUGGAGAGCAGGAAGAGGAGGAGGAGGAAGAGGAUGCUGACGUCCUGCUGGAUAGCUAUUUGGCGACGGAGGCAGAUGCGGACCCGAGUGAAGUAGGAGAAACCCAGGAGCUGAGGGACUCGGACCAGGAGCUGCAGGAGGAGGCCACGGCUGACAGCCCAGGAGGGGAGUGCCCGGGUUUGACGCCCGACUCCAGUCCUGGUUCCAGCUUCCUGCUAGUGCAGCCCCCGGGAAGCAGCGAUGAAGGCUCAAGUCACGCCACAGCAGAACAAGGCCAGGACAUGGAGCUGACUCGCCUGGUCCAGGACCAGCCGCCUGGCCCCAUGGGCCCUGGGGCUGCCCCCCCAAACCUGGCGGAACACCUCCCCAAUGUGCCCACCUACCGGGCCCCGCUCACCCGCAUCCCUGUCCUGGUCUCCCGGAGAACUGCCCUGUCCAGUUCCAGCUUCGCCAGGGAGACCCGGAGCUCCGUCCGUCGCCUAGUGCCCGCCACGAGAGAGCACCCUGAAGUGCAGGUGGAAGAUGCGGAUGCCGACAGCCACCCCCUCAUCCUGGAGGAGGCCCUGCCCUCGCUGCCCCCGCCCUCGCUGCCCCCGCCCUCGCCCGUCAAGGCCGACACCCUCACGGUCCCAGGCUCAGCCUCGGCGGCCCCCAGGAAGAGGCUGCCCUCUCCGGACAAUGAGGCUGAAGAGCUCAGGGCGCUGUCACCUGCCGAGUCCCCGGUGUUGGCCUGGUCGGCCCCUCCCUCCCCACAGGACACUGAUGCCCAGGACCGCGCGGCCUCCGCCGCCAGCCAGAACAGCGCCAUCAUCAACGACCGGCUCCAGGAGCUGGUGAGGCUCUUCAAGGAGCGCACGGAGAUGGUGAAGGAGAAGCUCAUCGACCCUGACGUCACCUCGGAGGAGGAGAGCCCGCAGCCCUCCCCAGCCAAAAAGGCCCCGGAGCCGGCCCCAGAAGCCAAGCCCGCGGAGGCGCAGCAGGCCGAGGAGGAGCACUAUUGUGACAUGCUGUGCUGCAAGUUCAAACGCCGCCCCUGGAAGAAGUACCAGUUUCCCCAGAGCAUCGACCCGCUGACCAACCUGAUGUACAUCCUGUGGCUGUUCUUCGUGGUGCUGGCCUGGAACUGGAACUGCUGGCUGAUCCCCGUGCGCUGGGCCUUCCCCUACCAGACGCCCGCCAACAUCCACCUGUGGCUGCUGACGGAUUACCUGUGCGACCUCAUCUACUUCCUGGACAUCACGGUGUUCCAGAUGCGCCUGCAGUUUGUCAAAGGCGGGGACAUCAUCACGGACCCGAAGGAGAUGAGGAACAACUACCUGAAGUCCCGCCGCUUUAAGAUGGACGUGCUCUGCCUCCUGCCCUUGGAUUUCUUCUACUUGAAAUUCGGCGUGAACCCCCUCCUUCGCUUGCCCCGUUGCUUAAAGUACAUGGCCUUCUUCGAGUUUAACAACCGCCUGGAAGCCAUCCUCAGCAAAGCCUACGUUUACAGGGUCAUCAGGACCACGGCCUACCUGCUCUACAGCCUGCACUUGAACUCCUGUCUUUACUACUGGGCGUCUGCCUACCAGGGCAUUGGCUCCACGCACUGGGUCUAUGAUGGUGUGGGAAACAGUUACAUCCGCUGCUACUACUUUGCCGUGAAGACCCUCAUCACCAUCGGCGGGCUGCCCGACCCCCAGACGCUCUUCGAGAUUGUCUUCCAGCUGCUGAAUUACUUCACGGGGGUCUUCGCUUUCUCUGUGAUGAUUGGACAGAUGAGAGACGUGGUGGGGGCUGCCACGGCGGGGCAGACCUACUACCGCAGCUGCAUGGACAGCACGGUGAAGUACAUGAACUUCUACAAGAUCCCCAGGGCCGUGCAGAACCGCGUCAAGACCUGGUACGAGUACACCUGGCACUCGCAAGGCAUGCUGGAUGAGUCUGAGCUGAUGGUGCAGCUCCCGGACAAGAUGCGGCUGGACCUGGCCAUCGACGUGAACUACAGCAUUGUCAGCAAGGUGGCGCUCUUUCAGGGCUGCGACCGGCAGAUGAUCUUCGACAUGCUGAAGAGGCUCCGCUCCGUCGUCUACCUGCCCAACGACUACGUGUGCAAGAAGGGGGAGAUCGGCCGAGAGAUGUACAUCAUCCAGGCGGGGCAGGUGCAGGUGCUGGGCGGCCCGGACGGGAAGGCUGUCCUGGUGACACUGAAAGCUGGAUCCGUGUUUGGAGAGAUAAGCUUGCUGGCCGUCGGGGGCGGGAAUCGGCGCACGGCCAACGUGGUGGCCCACGGGUUCACCAACCUCUUCAUCCUGGACAAGAAGGACCUGAAUGAAAUCUUGGUGCACUAUCCCGAGUCUCAGAAGUUGCUCCGGAAGAAGGCCAGGCGCAUGCUGAAGAACAACAACAAGCCCAAGGAGGAGAAGAGCGUGCUCAUCCUGCCCCCCCGGGCGGGCACCCCCAAGCUCUUCAACGCCGCCCUGGCCGCGGCGGGCAAGAUGGGCAAGGCGGGGAAGGGCGGCAAGCUCGCCCACCUCCGGGCCCGCCUCAAGGAGCUGGCUGCGCUGGAGGCGGCCGCCAGGCAGCAGCAGCUGCUGGAGCAGGCCAAGAGCUCACAAGAUGCCGCGGGGGGAGAGGCAGGUACCGCAGCCCCCGACCAGCCCACGGCUCCCUCGGAGGCUGCCCCGGACCCGCCCUCAGCCCCAGAGCCCCACGCACCCCAGGCGCCCCCGGAACCCGCCGAGAAGCCCGAGGGAGGUGAAGAGGAAGCUGCCCGGCCGGAGGAGCCAUCAGUGCAGAUUGGCACGAGCCCAGGCCCGGAGUCCGGCGAGCAGAUCCUGUCCGUGGAGGGGCCAGAGGAGAAGGGGCCAGAGGAGAAGAAGGACGAGGCAGAGUGA